CAGUCAUUUAUCACUUCGUCUUCCUUCACACGCCAGUGAAUCCCAAUAUUUCCGACAGCACUUUAAGGCAGCAUUAGUUAGACGUUCAGCUCCGAACAAACAAUCCUGCGGAACAAACAAAGUCAGGGAAAACAAAUAUGAAACGUCCCGGAAAUGUAAAAACAGCGAUUUUAACAACAUUUAACGUUGCCCUUCUUCUUUGCCUUCAUUCAGUCAGAGGUGACUACUGUGAGGUGAAUCUUUGCCAUAAUGGAGGAACAUGUGUGACAGGGGUAGGAGAGGAUCCAUUCAUCUGUAUCUGCGCGGAUGGCUUUGGUGGCGACACCUGCAACCUGACAGAGACAGGACCCUGCAGUCCUACCCCCUGCAAGAACGAUGGGUCGUGCGAGGUCAUCGCUCCGACCAGACGAGGAGACGUUUUCAACGAGUACAUCUGCAAGUGCCAGCCCGGCUUCGAGGGAGCGCACUGCCAGAUCAAUGUGAAUGACUGUGCAAACCAGCCCUGUAAGAAUGGAGGGAUGUGUCGAGAUCUUGAUGGAGACUACACCUGCCAGUGCCCCUCACCAUAUGUUGGGAAGCAGUGCCAGCUACGUUGCACUUCUCUGCUGGGGAUGGAGGGAGGAGCAAUCGUGGAGUCCCAGAUUUCAGCGUCCUCCGUGCACUACGGCAUUCUGGGUCUUCAGCGCUGGGGCCCGGAGUUGGCUCGACUCAACAACCAAGGCAUCGUCAAUGCCUGGACGUCAGCCGGCCAUGACAGGAACCCCUGGAUCGAGAUUAAUAUGCAGAAGAAGAUGCGUCUGACGGGCAUCAUCACUCAGGGUGCCAGUCGCAUGGGCACAGCUGAGUACAUCAAGGCCUUCAAGGUGGCGAGCAGCUUUGAUGGAAACGCUUAUACCACUUACAGAGUGGAUGGCCAACGGAGGGAGAAGGUUUUCGUGGGCAACACAGAUAACGAUAGCACAAAGACCAACCUUUUCGACCCUCCAAUCGUGGCCCAGUACAUCCGCAUCAUCCCUGUGAUUUGCCGCAAAGCCUGCACGCUGCGCAUGGAGUUGGUGGGCUGUGAACUGAAUGUUUAUUCAAACACGGCAGGUUGCUCAGAGCCUCUGGGAAUGAAGUCCCGCCUCAUCUCAGAUGGGCAGCUUUCGGCCUCCAGCUCUUUCCGGACAUGGGGCAUCGAUACCUUCACGUGGCACCCUCAGUUUGCCCGGCUGGAUAAGCAGGGAAAGACAAACGCUUGGUCUCCUGCCCACAACAACCGCUCAGAGUGGAUCCAGGUGGAUCUAGAGAAGACAAAGCGCCUCACAGGCAUCAUCACUCAGGGGGCCAAGGACUUUGGGGUGGUGCAGUUUGUGUCAGUGUUUAAAGUUGCUUACAGUAACGAUGGAGAGUCAUGGAGUAUGGUGAAGGAGAACACCAGCAAUGAUAAGCUUUUCCAAGGCAACAUCGACAACAACACCCAUAAGAAGAAUCUAUUUGAGCCUCCGUUCUACGCUCGAUAUGUCCGAGUCGUCCCCUGGGAGUGGCACGAGCGCAUCACUCUACGCAUGGAGCUGCUGGGCUGUGAUGACUAGAAACUCACCGAUCACCAUCUUGCAGUGCUCCAUCCUCAUCCAGUCGCUCCAUCUCCUCAAACCACAGCAGAGGAACAGAAUCAUCUGUUCUGUACUCCAUUUGUUUCUCUGGAUGAAGAUCCUGUUGGCUGCUGGGACUGUAACACUUGUAGCACUUUCUGUUAAUAUAAUUGUUUGACAUUGCUCACAGAGAAUCUUCUAUGAAAUAUCCUUUUUUUUUUUCAAUUUUAAUAGCUUCGGAUAUAAACAAAAUUUGCAUAGAUUUGCUCUUAGUCCAUGUUAUUUGCUCCUAAGAAUUCACAUUGAUUUCAGGUUCUCUUGUGAGUGUGGAGACUUGAUUGAAGUUAAAUUGCCACUUUUAAACCUUUUCUGUCCUUCCUUUGCAGUCCCACACCAGUAAACAAGUAUUUUUUUUAUAGUUUGUCUGCAGAGGACAGAUGACAAACAUCCUCAUCAGCAUACUCACCGUAUCUCACUAUGCACAUCAUCCAACUGCUGUUUAGUUACUUGAUGACGCAGGGCCUGUGCAAUAUGGAGUUUAUUUUUUCAUUUACAACUAUCCUGGAAGAGAUAAUAUGUCCAAGAAUAGAAAAUUAAAACUUUAAAAUUUAAACUGCAGCACACUGCGCCGUCAUUCAAAUGAUGGAAUGACAAACUGUAGAGCUUUUUGCAUAAAGUGUUUCACGUGACGUCUGUUUUUUACACAUUUUAGCAGGUUAUUCCGCUUCAUUCUUACAUAUAAUUUCAUUGUAAUUUAAUCAUUUUUACAACAAAUGUGAAAUAUGUAGAAAGAUGUGUAGAAAAUAUUGUAUAACAUUGUUCUACAUUCUUCCUUUUUUUUAAAUUCAUUGUUGGUCUUGAACUGAGAUCAUUUAUUAAAUGUUAAAAGAAAU